AUGUGUCUAGACAACGAAAAAUCCAAGAAGGAGUUAAAACUCUUGGAGCUCAAAUCCGAAAAUCCGUAUGACGACAUCAGAUCCAGCAUCGCGACGAUGAUCAACAACUACGUCGACUUCCAAAACCAACCGCGCGCCAAAAACAACGAUUGGAUCCAUAAAGACGUCGUCCGAAGCCGAAAAUUUCUCCGAGAACACAACGAACUGAUCAUCACAAAGGCCGACAAGGGGAAUAAAACCGUCGUGAUGCUAGCUACUGAGUACGCAGAAAAAAUGACAGCUAUGGUAAGUGACACAACAACGUACACUCCCCUAGCCACAGAUCCAACAGAAAAGAUUCUCAAACGUAUCAACACUAUGUUGGAUUCGUGGCACGAGAAUAAAUACAUUACCACUUACACCAAAAACAAACUAAAAUUGUUCAACUGCCCUCCGCCGAGAAUUUACGGUCUUCCUAAAAUUCAUAAGGAAGAUCGUCCGCUCCGACCAGUAGUGUCAACAGUAGGGUCAGCUACGUACCGUAUGGCUCAAUUUCUAGCCAACGUGCUACAAAACGUCGUUGGCAAAAACGAACGUCAUGUACGCAGUAGCUUCGAUUUUUCGUCGGAAAUCACGAAUGUUCAGGUACCCGAAGGUUGUAUUAUCUACUCACUGGACGUCGUGUCGCUUUACACGAACGUACCAGUACAGAAUGUGUUCGAAAUAAUAGAGCAAAAGUGGCGGGAAAUCAGCGCAUACACGCCGAUACCUUGGGCUGAAUUCAAACGUGCGCUAACCACAAUCCUCGGGGCGUCGUUUUUUCAGUACGGCGGUAGAAUCUUUGAGCAGACUUUUGGCACACCGAUGGGCUCCCCUUUAUCCCCUGUAGUAGCGUCUCUCUUAAUGGAACAACUCGAAGAAAAAGCUAUCCAAAACCUACGAGAUAAAGGCAUCACCCUCGUGAUGUACAAACGUUUCGCAUAUUAUCGGAAAGUGCAGGUUGUACGCAACGGAACGGCAGAGCAGCGGAAUCGGUUACGACUCAUCGGCAGCUUUAAAAAUUAUAAACGAGAACAAACUAUUGGUAUUCCUGAAAAGUACAAAAUUGCUGGAUAA